AUGGGGAGGACUGGAUUGUUUGAUCUUGAAAGGUACUUCACCAUCUAUGGAGCAUAUCACAGCAACCCAGUUAACGUUUUGCUACAUACUUUCUUAGUGUGGCCCUUAGUCUUCGCUGUUGCGGUUCUUCUCCACUUCACACCUUCCCUAUAUAAUUUCCCAUCUGGGUUAAACAAUCACGGUUUCGAAUUGAAUGUGGGGUUGGUUUUGACUUUGAUGUAUGCCAUCUUUUAUGUCAAACUGGACAAGAAAGCUGGGUCCUUGGCAGCUUUGUUAUUGUUUCUCACCUGGGUUGGAGCCAAUGUUCUUGCUAGUGGGCUAGGGUUUGGUAAGUCAUGGAAGCUUGUUCUCGCUGUUCAGGUUUUCUGCUGGCCUGCACUGCUCAUAGGCCAUGGCGUUUUUGAGAAAAGAUUACCAGGUAUUGCAGACAGCUUUGUUGAAGGACUUCUGAUGGGGCCGUACUUUGUGUUGCUUGAGUUUCUUCAAUCAGCCUUUAGCUAUGAACCGUAUCCAGGGUUUAAUAAAAGCGUGAAGGAAAAGAUUGAAGCUGAUAUCAAAGCUUGGAAGGCCAUCAAGAAUCAAAAGAAACUCUCCUGA